GUGUCAGCGCAGCGGCAGGUCACCGUCCAGGAAGGACCCUUGUACCGCACAGAGGGCUCCCACAUUACCAUCUGGUGCAACGUGAGUGGCUACCAGGGACCCUCUGAGCAGAACUUCCAGUGGUCCAUUUACCUGCCCUCGGCCCCAGAGCGCGAGGUGCAGAUCGUCAGCACAAUGGAUUCCUCCUUCCCUUACGCCAUCUACACCCAGCGUGUCCGAGGUGGGAAGAUCCACGUGGAGAGGAUCCAGGGGAACUCAGCCUUACUGCACAUCACGGAUCUCCAGGCCCGGGACGCUGGGGAGUAUGAAUGUCACACGCCCAACACCGACAAGCAAUACUUCGGGAGUUACAGUGCAAAGAUGAACCUAGUCGUGAUCCCAGACACCCUUCAGACCACCGCCAUGCCCCAGACACUGCACAAAGUGGAACAGGACCCACUGGAGCUCAGUUGCGAAGUGUCCUCAGAGACAGUCCAGCACAGCCACCUGUCUGUGACCUGGCUGCGGCAGAAAGGUGGCGAGAAGCCAGUGGAGGUCAUUUCUCUGAGCCGAGACUUCGUGCUGCACUCCAGCAGCGAAUACGCGCAGAGGCAGAGCCUGGGGGAGGUGCGCCUGGACAAGCUGGGGAGGACCACCUUCCGCCUCACCAUCUUCCAUCUGCAGCCUUCCGACCAGGGCGAGUUCUACUGCGAAGCUGCUGAGUGGAUCCAGGAUCCAGAUGGCUCGUGGUAUGCCAUGACCCGGAAGCGCUCCGAGGGUGCUGUGGUCAACAUCCAGCCUACGGACAAAGAGUUCACCGUUCGGCUGGAAACGGACAAGCGACUGCACACGGUGGGUGAGCCGGUGGAGUUUAGGUGCAUCUUGGAGGCUCAGAGCAUUCCCGACCGUUACUUUGCAGUCUCCUGGGCCUUCAAUAGCUCACUCAUUGCCAGCAUGGGACCCAACGCUGUGCCAGUUCUCAAUGGUGAAUUCGCCCAUCGGGAAGCCAGGGGACAGCUUAAAGUAGCUAAAGAGAGCAACAGUGUCUUUGUGCUGAAAAUCUACCACCUCCGCCAGGAGGACAGUGGGAAGUACAACUGUCGUGUGACCGAGCGAGAGAAGACUGUCACUGGGGAAUUCAUCGACAAGGAGAGCAAGCGUCCCAAAAACAUCCCCAUCAUUGUCCUGCCCCUCAAGAGCAGCAUCUCCGUGGAGGUGGCCAGCAAUGCCAGCGUCAUCCUCGAGGGAGAGGAUCUGCACUUCUCCUGCAGCGUCCGCACGGCAGCCAGGCUGCAGGGCCGCUUCUCUGUCAUCUGGCAGCUUGUGGACAGGCAGAACCGUCACAGCAAUAUCAUGUGGCUAGACCGGGAUGGGACUCUGCAGCCAGGCUCAUCUUACUGGGAGCGCAGCAGCUUUGGGGGUAUCCAGAUGGAGCAGGUACAGCCCAACUCUUUCAGCUUGGCCAUCUUCAACAGCAGGAAGGAGGACGAGGGCCAGUAUGAAUGUCACGUGACCGAGUGGGUCCGGGCGGUGGACGGCGAGUGGCAGAUCGUGGGGGAGCGUCGAGCCAGCACUCUCGUCUCUAUCACAGCUCUUGAAACGGGCUUUGCGGUCACAGCCAUCUCCCGGACACCAGGUGUGACCUACAGUGACUCCUUUGACCUGCAGUGCAUCAUCAAACCCCACUAUCCCGCCCGAGUCCCUGUGUCAGUGACAUGGCGAUUCCAGCCUGUAGGCACCAUUGAGUUCCAUGACCUGGUGACCUUCACACGGGAUGGAGGUGUCCAGUGGGGGGGCAGGUCUUCCACCUUCAGAACUCGGACUGCCAUCGAGAAGGCGGAAGCCAGCAACAACGUCCGUCUGAGCAUUAGCAGGGCCAGUGACACGGAGGCAGGCAAGUACCAGUGUGUGGCAGAGCUGUGGCGGAAGAACUACAACAACACGUGGACGCGGCUGGCGGAGAGGACUUCCAACCUGCUGGAGAUCCGGGUGCUACAGCCAGUGACAAAGCUACAGGUGAGCAAAUCAAAGCGAACCCUCACCCUGGUGGAAAACAGGCCCAUUCAGCUGAACUGCUCCGUCAAGUCGCAGACCAGCCAGAACUCGCACUUUGCCGUGCUCUGGUACGUCCACAAGCCCUCGGACGCCGACGGCAAGCUUAUCCUGAAAACCACACACAACUCGGCCUUUGAGUACGGCACAUACGCCGAGGAGGAGGGCCUCAGGGCCCGGCUGCAGUUUGAGAGGCACGUGUCCGGGGGCCUGUUCAGCCUCACCGUGCAGAGAGCGGAGGUCAGCGACAGUGGCAGCUACUACUGCCACGUGGAGGAGUGGCUGCUGAGCCCCAAUUACGCCUGGUACAAGCUGGCAGAAGAGGUGUCAGGGCGCACAGAGGUCACCGUGAAGCAGCCAGACAGCCGGCUGAAGGUCAGUCAGGCCCAGGGCAACCUGUCGGUCCUGGAGACCCGGCAGGUGCAGCUGGAGUGCGUGGUUGUGAACCGUACCAGCACGGCCUCCCAGCUUGGGGUGGAGUGGUUCGUGUGGAAGCCCAACCACCCGGAGCGGGAGACUGUGGCCCGCCUGAGCCGCGAGGCGACCUUCCACUAUGGCGAGCAGGCCGCCAAGAACAACCUGAAGGGGCGGCUGCACUUGGAGAGCCCGUCCCCUGGCGUGUACCGGCUCUUCAUCCAGAACGUGGCCGUGCAGGACAGCGGAACCUACAGCUGCCACGUGGAGGAGUGGCUGCCCAGCCCCAGCGGCGUGUGGUACAAGCGUGCCGAGGACACCGCCGGGCAAACGGCCGUGACCGUCAUGCGACCAGAUGCUGCCCUCCAGGUAGACACAGUGGUCCCCAAUGCCACAGUGUCUGAGAAAGCAGCUUUUCAGCUGGACUGCAGCAUCGUGUCUCGCUCGAGCCAAGAUUCUCGCUUUGCUGUGGCCUGGUAUUCCCUAAGGACUAAAGCGGGAGGGAAAAAGGACAGCCUUGCCGUGGGAGAACACGAGGAGGAGGAGGAGGAGGAGGAGGAGGAGGAGGAGGAGAACGACCCAACAGAACGGACAGUCCUGCUGAGCGUGGGCCCAGAUGCAGUCUUCGGCCCAGAGGGCAGCCCCUGGGAAGGCCGGCUGCGCUUCCAGAGGCUGUCACCCGUGCUCUACCGGCUCACAGUGCUGCAGGCCAGCCCCCACGACACGGGCAACUACUCCUGCCAUGUGGAGGAGUGGCUGCCCAGCCCUCAGAAGGAGUGGUACCGGCUGACGGAGGAGGAGUCUGCUCCCAUUGUCAUCCAUGUGCUGGACACAAGUUCCACCCUCCAGUCUCUCAUCUGCUCCAAUGACGCACUCUUCUACUUUGUCUUCUUCUACCCUUUCCCGAUCUUCGGCAUCCUCAUCAUCACCAUCCUACUGGUGCGCUUCAAAAGCCGGAACUCCAGCAAGAACUCCGACGGGAAGAACGGGGUGCCCCUGUUGUGGAUCAAAGAGCCGCACCUCAACUACUCCCCCACUUGCCUGGAGCCCCCUGUGCUCAGCAUCCACCCAGGAGCUAUAGACUAAGCUGGUGGCAGGGGUGGCAUGCCCCAGUGGACAUCAGCCAUGGAGGAGCUGUGGCUCCCCUUCGCUGCCUGUUGCUCUGUGAUUGGACGGUUGGCAGCAGCCAAAUUCUGCAGGACUGGUGAAGAAAACCGUCAGACUUGGACAGUCCCCCACCGGUCACAGAGACGACUGCCUCCAGGUGGCAGUCUUGGUUCCUUAGCUGUUUGCGCCCAAAUGUCGUGACCCUGCCAUCAUAGGCUUCUAGUUUGGGGUUUUGGUAAUGUAGUGAGUAGCUCCAGGUGCCACUCCUACCCACCAGUUUAUCUAGUGUUCUCCGAUAGAUGUCACAGGGGUUCUUUGUAAUGUCCUCUUUUAAAAUCCCUUUGGUUUACCCCUUUUGGAUUCCAUAACCUUGUGGACAAAUGUCUCUCAUACACCACCGAUGGCAAGAGGAAGGACUGCUUUAUAGUAACAAGGGAUCUCUUCCAAGACUUUUUGUUUGGGCACAUUUUGAAAAUGCCACACUUGUGGAUCAAAAUACACCCAAACAUUUUUUUUUUUUUUUUUACUUUCUUAACAAGACUUGAAAAAUGUGUGUAGCGUGGGCCCAAUUUGUAUCUUAUCUUUUCCCUCAGCUGGAGUUGUUGGAACCACUUUAUAGUCAAGACGAAAGCAUCGAAUUUUGCUUCAAAGAACUGUGUAUGUGCCAGAGGAAUCCUGUGUAACCCUAUUAGGAGGGAAUGGUGUCUGGCCAGCCUAUCAGUCAGGGAGGCCAAAAGGCCUUCAUCCCAUCCUUG